AUGGGCGAUUCAAUCGAUUACAGCAGCCCCUACGCCAAUUACCGGUCUCCGUUAAGCACCCGCUAUGCCAGCAAAGAGAUGCAAUAUAAUUUCAGCGAUCAAAAGAAAUUUUCAACGUGGCGCAAGCUAUGGAUAAACCUCGCCAAAGCGGAAAAACAGCUAGGUUUGAACAUAAAGGCAGAGCAAAUACAAGAGAUGGAAAACAACAUCUACAACAUCAACUUCGAAGAGGCCCAACAGGAAGAAAAGCUGACGAGGCACGACGUUAUGGCCCACGUGCAUGUUUUCGCCAAGCAGUGCCCCCUCGCAGCGCCCAUCAUUCAUUUAGGAGCCACCUCGUGCUUUGUAGGCGACAAUACGGAUUUGAUCAUCAUCAGAGACGGCCUGGACCUGCUAAUGCCGAGAGUAGCGACCGUUAUCCAAAACUUGGCCAAAUUCGCUGAGCAGUACAAAACUCUUCCAGCUUUAGGAUACACCCAUCUACAACCAGCCCAGCUAACAACAGUCGGCAAAAGAGCCACUCUUUGGCUGUACGACUUCCUGAUGGACGAAAGGGCUCUAUCCAGAGCAAGAGACGACCUUAGGUUCCGAGGCGUGAAGGGAACAACGGGAACCCAAGCUUCCUUCAUGCAGCUGUUCGAAGAUAGCAGCAAGGUACGUGCUUUAGACAAGCUGGUAGCCGAACUGUCGGGAUUCUCUAAAACCUAUCCUGUAACUGGCCAGACCUACACGAGAAAAGUCGAUUUGGAAAUCGUAGCAGCAUUGUCAUCAUUAGGUUCUUCCGUUCAUAAAAUGUGCAGCGAUCUCCGACUAUUGGCCAACUUCAAGGAGAUCGAAGAGCCGUUCGAAGCGAGCCAGAUCGGCAGCUCCGCUAUGCCAUACAAGAGGAAUCCAAUGAGAUCUGAGAGAUGCUGCGCCCUAGCCAGGCAUCUCAUAAGUUUGUUUGCUAACGCAGCGAAUACCCAUUCCGUGCAGUGGUUAGAAAGAACCUUAGACGACUCGGCUAAUAAAAGACUAACAUUGUCCGAAGCCUUUCUAAGCGCAGACGCUGCCCUAAUGGUGCUGUCUAAUAUCACCCAAGGUCUCGUCGUCUACCCCAAGGUUAUUGAGAAACGAAUCAACCAGGAAUUGCCGUUUAUGUCUGCUGAGAAUCUGAUUAUGGCCAUGGUUAAAAAGGGAGGAGACAGACAAGUGUGCCAUGAGAAGAUCCGAGUGUUAUCGCAGGAAGCGGGAGCGCAAGUUAAACGAUUCGGCAAAGAUAACGAUCUCAUAGAAAGAGUUCGAGCUGAUCCGUACUUCAAACCAAUUUUAGCUGAGUUGGAUGGUUUACUUGAUCCUAGCACUUACACGGGAAGAGCGGCUGAGCAAGUAUCGGAAUUUUUGAGCGAAGAAGUUGAGCCUAUUUUGCUGAAAUAUAAGGAAUCUCUCAAGGACAGCUCUAAUGUGGUUCUCAAUAUUUAA